UUGAGUCAGUGAUUAAUGGAAGAAGAAAACGGGCUGAAUUUUGUUCGCAUAAAAUUGAAAUUAUUUUAAAAAAAAAAAUGGAUUUUAAUGUAAAGAAAAUGGUGAAGGAUGCUGGAGCAGCGCUCAGUAGAGUUGUACAGCUUACGGAAGAAACUCUUGGUACUUCUGAGAAGACCGAACUAGAUGCUCAUUUUGAACAUUUAGCAGAACGAGCAAAUAUGUCAAAAACUUGGACAGAAAAGAUUCUUAAAAAUAUGGAAGCUGUGCUUACUCCUAAUCCUGGAAAUAGAAUCGAGGAUUUUGUUUUUGAGAAGAUUGAUAAAAGGAAACCAAACAGACUGAGUAAUUUGGAAUAUCUUGGACAGGAUAUGAUCGAUGCGGGAAAUGAAUUUGGACCUGGAAUUGCUUAUGGCAGUGCUUUAAUCAAGGUUGGACAGUGUCAACAAAAAUUGGGUCAAAUUGAAAGAGACCUUAUCGGAACAGCAGCUAAUUGUUAUAUUCAACCACUAAGGAAAUUUCUGGAGGGUGAAAUGAAAACAAUUAGCAAGGAGAUGGCUAUUCUAGAAACAAAGCGACUGGAUUUGGACGCGUGCAAAAAUCGGGUUCGAAAGGCAAGAAGCAUGUUGGGCCAGCAAAAUGAGAGCGGCGUAUCGCCUGAAGUCUUACUUGAUCAGGCCGAGAGGGAAUUGAGGGUAGCUCAAUCGGAAUUCGAUCGUCAGGCAGAAAUAACGAAAUUACUUUUGGAAGGAGUCUCCAGUUCACAAGCGGGACAUUUACGUUGUUUACAUGAAUUAGCUGAAGCUCAAACUCGUCACUAUGCUCAAUGUCAUGCGACAAUGCAAGAAUUACAACGAGAACUCGCUGGUUUGUCUGGGUGUUCUUUCCAUUCAUCCACUCAGUCAACAUCAUCGGCACCUAUGGAAAAUGGACAAGAUCGAGCUCGUGUUGUCUGUGAUUAUUCCGCAAGAGAUUCCAGUGAAUUAAACCUCGAGCAAGACGAGGUAAUUUCUGUCUCUGAAAUUGAUGGAGACGAAGAUUAUCUUUUGGGAUUUAGAGGCAGUCAACGAGGAAAAGUCCCCAAAGCUUAUGUAGAAAUUAUUAGCAGUUAAAUAUAUUUAAAAAAUAUUUUACUGGUUCCUUGCUAAAUUAUAAUUUAGCUAAUUAGUUAACUUAAAUAUUAAGUAAACAAAAAAAGUUUUAUUGAAACACUGCUUGGAUGUGAUUAAUAUAUAUCUAUAUAUAAAACUUGGAAAAAUAAAAAUGAUGCCUAAUUCUUUAUGUCAAAUACAUAUAA